AAUGCAGCUCCAGCGUCACCUACAAAGAUCCAAACUUCAUCUCUUUCAAAAGUAUUUCUGCAACCAAGGAAGUGUUUUUUGUUUUUGUUUUACGUUCCCAAAACAUGUUGGCGGGUUAAAAGCAACUUCCGGGUUCCAGGACGUGUUUGCCGGUUAAAAACACGAAAGAGCAACUUCCGUGUUUUGGGGCAGCGACUUAUUUCAUUGGCUGCGCUAUGUUAAAUGCCCCGCCUUCUUCGAGCAUCCUUCUCUCCGAUUGGACAACGUCCUUGUAUUAACGUCAUCACGUCGUCUGCGCGUUUGAGGCAUUUUGGCGGGGCGAGCUGUGUGUGCUUCUCAACGUUACACGGCCCUUGUGUUGAUACAUCCAUCCCUCCAUUUCCUACCGCUUGUCCCGCUCGGGGUCGCGGGGGUGCUGGAGCCUAUCUCAGCUGCAUUCGGGCGGUUAAAUUACUCCAUUUGGCGGACGUCGUGUGGUUCCGGUCCCAGGCAACAGUCCCAAGAUGAACAAGGGCCACUUAAACGGCGACGUGGAGGCGAUUGGGAAGAAGAUGGACAAGUGUUUGUCCAUCAAUGAAGGGGACACGAUGGAGGCCUAUCACAGAUACAUUCGAAAAGGUAAAGACGUGGCCAGACAAGGAGACAUGAACAAAGCUCUGGAGCUCUUCAAGAUAGCCGAAAGCAUUCAGCGCAGUGAAAAGCUGCAAAAGAGAAUUGAGAAAAUUGAGGAACUUUUGGCCCAGAACAACUCAGGGGAGGAAGAUGACGAGUUUGUGGAUGUGAACAACAGCGGUCUAAAGCUCUAUAAAGAUCUCUACCUGAAGCUUUAUGACUACCAGAGGGACGGUGUGGCCUUCUUGUACAGCCUCUACAGAGACGAGCGGAAAGGUGGAAUUCUGGCAGACGACAUGGGCCUGGGCAAGACCAUCCAGGUCAUAUCGUUCUUGUCAGGAAUGUACGACUGUGAGCUAGUGAAACACACUCUGCUGGUCAUGCCCACAUCGCUCAUCAGAAACUGGACCAAGGAGUUUACUAAAUGGACUCCUGGCAUAAGGGUCAAAGAGUUUCACGGCGCCAAGCUGGAGCGGACCAAGAAUCUGGAGAAGGUCCAGAGGGGUAAAGGUGUUAUCAUCACCACAUACACCAUGCUGAUGAACAACUGGCAGCAGCUGUCGGUCUACGAGGGAAACGAGUUCAAGUGGGACUAUGUGAUCCUGGACGAGGCACACAAGAUUAAGACCACCACAACCAAAACGGCCAAGAGCGUCUCGGCCGUUCCAUCCAAAAAUCGACUUCUGCUUACCGGCACUCCUGUCCAGAACAACCUCCGAGAGAUGUGGUCCCUAUUUCAUUUUGCCUGUUCCGGAACUCUACUCGGCACAGCCAAAACCUUCAAAAUGCAGUACGAGAACCCCAUUACUCGAGCACGGGAGAAGGACGCUACACCGGGUGAAAUGGCGCUGGGCUCCAGUAUGUCUGCCAACCUCAUGACUAUUAUCAAACCCCACUUCCUUCGUAGGACAAAGGCUGAAGUGCAGAAUAAGAAAAACGAAGAUGAAGCCCAAAACAAGUGUCAAGGGAAGAAGCACUUGGAGGACCCAAAGGUCUCUGGUGCCAUCAUGCCCGCACUGACGAGGAAGAACGACUUGAUUGUUUGGACGUACCUCAGUCGCGUUCAGGAAGACAUCUACUGGAAGUUCAUUUCCCUGGAUCACAUCAAGGAGCUGCUCAUGACAACCAGGUCUCCCCUAGCCGAGCUGACCCUUCUGAAAAAGCUGUGUGACCACCCAAGGCUGCUCUCCGCUCGAGCGAUCACCAAUUUAGGUCUGAAAGACAGCCCAGCUAAAAAGCAGCAGAGCGAUGACACGGAGAUGGGCAGUAUCGUCAACGUUGCUGACAAAACGCUGAUAUCCGAAUCUGGCAAACUGGUAUUUCUGUUUGCUCUCCUUGAACAUCUCAGAGAGGAAGGUCAUCGCACACUGGUCUUUGCUCACUACAGGAUGGUACUGGAUAUCAUCGAGCGCAUCCUCAAGAACCGAGGCUACAAAGUCCUGAGGCUUGACGGAACAGUCACUCAGGUGACGGAAAGGGAGCGCCUCAUUACCCUCUUCCAGACGAACCAAACAUAUUCCGUCUUCCUUCUCACCACUCAGGUGGGUGGAGUUGGCAUCACCUUGACGGCAGCGGACCGAGUCGUCAUCUUCGAUCCCAGCUGGAACCCAGCGACCGACGCCCAGGCAGUGGACAGGGCGUACCGCAUUGGUCAGAAGGAGAACGUUGUCAUUUACAGGCUGAUCACGUGCGGCACAGUAGAAGAGAAGAUCUACAGACGACAGGUCUUCAAAGAUUCACUGAUCAGGCAGAACACGGGAGACAAGAAGAACCCUUUUCGGUACUUCAGCAAGCAAGAGUUGAAGGAGCUCUUCACUCUGGAGGACACGCGGUCGUCGUCCACACAGCAGUUGCUUCAGUCCUUGCACUCCAAACACAGACACACAGACACAGAACUGGACCACCACAUCGCCCGCCUCCACACCAUGGAAAUGUUUGGACUCUCUGAUCACGACCUCAUGUUUUCCCUCAAUGUAGACCACGAUGAGGCCCCGAAGAACAAAAAAGAGCAAAACUACAUUGAAGGUCGGGUCCAGAAAGCCCAUGAGCUUGUGAAGGCGGAAUCGGACCUGCAGAUGCAGUUUGCAACCAAUGUAGAAUCCAGCACAGAGCCGGCGAACAAAGAACGUUUGCCUGAGAACAAACCGGGAAAACCGAGGGCAAAUUCUGUCAGCUCGCCACGCCGGCCAGCAGAUUUGGACAAAUCCGGUUCCGGCAAAAAUGGUGGCAUUAAAGGCAGCACAAUUGAUCUCACUGUUAGUGAUAGCGAGUCUGGCGAAAAAUCAUUAAACCUUUUAGAACAGUCUUCGCUGAAGCAGAAGGCUCUCUCUACUGAGGACAUGUUUGGGUCUUUGUCUCUGAAGGAGCAGGAGUCUUUUGGGGCAGUGGACCCAGGAGACGUAAAGGCUGGUGGAACUGAUGAAAAAUGUUUUCAGGAAGUUGAGAAAAGUCCUUCCAUGCACAUCAAAGAUAAUGAAGAUUGCAACCUGGAUGAGAGUCACGUGAAGUAUUUCCAGAAGAAAAGACUCUCAGUCUUGCAGUCAUCCAGUACCAGCUUAAAAGUAGACUCGUGGUCCCGAACUAGCGCCGGCUCAGAGAUGAUGGAUGACAACUUCAACUUGCAGCUGGAGGAGAGCGACGUCUCCUACCGCAGCAUCAUGGAGGACGAAGAGAGAAAGCUGCUAUCUCAGCUGCAGACAGAGGGCACGUUUGACGUGGAUAAGUCGCUCACAGAGGGCCAACAAAGCGCCAAGUCCCAAGUCUCCGGAUUGGACGAAUCCAUCACCAUAUACGCCAAGAAGAAAAGAACUGCUGUUCUCUCCGACAGUGAAGAAGAGGUUGAGCGUGACGGCAGGCCCCAGUUGACCAAGGGUUCGGUUAAUAAGUCUCUCCAGAUGCUAGGAUCCUCCACGCCCAAAUCUGGGACACACAGUUCCACCCCCAGCAAGUCCAGAAAGAGUGUUGGAGGAAGCACCUCUGUGGCCUCACGCCGCUCCCUCCUGAAUUCUAUCAUUAAAGACGUGGACAAGCAGGAUGAAGACAACCGCGACGAGCUUUCAGGGAUGUACUCCGACGAGGUGGAAGAGGAGGAGGAGGAUGACUAUGUAACCAGCCAGGAGGAUCUCAGCCUGGACCAAACAACUGGAGAGACUUUAAACACAGAAGAAGAGGGGGGAGACCUGGAAGAGUCCACCAGUGAGCUGGAGCUAGCGUCCUUUGAGAGGAUGGAGCAGUGUACCACUAACACAGCGGCAGGCGUUGCCUUAAAGUCCUCGUCGGACUCAGAAAGCAUGUACGAGUCGCUGGUGACUCGAGGCCACCAGUUUUUCAGGGAUGGCAAACUGAACGAAGCAUUGGACUUGUUCCUGAAGGCCAUCGAUAUCAACCCUGGAGAUCCUGAUAUCGAGAUCCUGACCAUCAAACUGUAUCGCCAACUGAGAGAAUAAAAACAUGGACCUCUUAAGUUCUUUUGGACUUCAAUCCAUACUUUUUAUUCAGUAAGAGGGACGUAAAUCACUUUGUUCUUUCCUCACCCAACUUAUCUUCAAGUUGAGUUAAAGAACUGAAAGGGGCGUUUGUUUUUACCAGGACAUUCUGCCGGUCAUUUUUAGGUGAAAGGCAGUAGUUUAUUCUUUAGUGGAUUAUUUUCCUCUCAUGCUGACUUAAUAUAAAUGUUUGCUUAUUCACUGUGUUUUAAAUAAAGUUUUCUAUCAUUAAA